CACCUCCGUAACAGCAGAGUCAGGAGCACGUGCGCGCCGCACGUAGCCGGGCCCCUCGGAGAUGCCCCAUGCGCUGGGCACAGCACGUGGGCCCAGGCACGAUGCUCUCAGGGGUUGGUGGGCCGGGGCGCGCCAGCCUGCCCGAGCUGGGCUCUAGCAGAGACAAGGGCAUGCCCUGGCCAGGGCUGGGGCAGGCCGGCUCCGGCGCUGCCAAGCCCAGUGGCCGCCUGCGCCAGCGGUGCUCUCGAAACGGGCUCCCACGCUCACUUCUGCUCAGCACUUUCCUUUUCGUCUAAACCCGGUGCUGCUGUGCCACCCGCUUCCCUCCUCCGUGGCGCGUCACCUUCCUCCUUCCUCGCCUAUGGGUCUUACGCCAUGGGUUAUUUGGAAAGUGCCAGCUGGGGGCAUGAACGGGAGGGUCCCCCUCCCUGAGCAAUCCUGCUAAGCUGCGGCACCGUCCCCCCGGCUCAUGGCGAGGGCCUCGGCCCCUGAACCCGGGCAGGAGGGAGCCCUGCGGACCUGGGAGCGGGAGCGGGACCGGGACCGGGACCGGGGCGCUGCUCUGAGAGGCCGAGCCAAGGCCGGACCGCUGUGCUGGAUGCCCCUGGCCUGCUCCAGCCUGGCCACCCCAUUCCUCGUAAAAGUGCUGCGCGUCCCAUGUUGCCGCCCCCUGCACGGGGCUGAGCGCCCCUUUGCAGGUCUCGCUCGCGGGCAGGGGCAGGGCUCAGGGAUGCGCCCCUUGCUGCGGAGACGGCGGAGCCGGAGCUGGCAGCACCCCUGCACACGCGACCGGCUCCAGCUGGAGGAAGCGCCCAACUGACAAGCGAGCCUGGCGGUGUGUGGGCGGGAAGCAGAGCUCGGCUCUGUGACGGCUCUCAGCAAACGCCCCGUGACAUCAGCCAGCUCGGCCUCCGGGGAAAAACAAGGGUGUCACAGCUUCCCCGCAGCACAGCGCGCUGCCCUCCAGGCUCCGGCGGGCAGGACACGCAGGAUGGCACGGGGCUGCGCGGCCCUGACACUGGCCCUGCUGCUGCCCCUCUGCCCGUGGGCCCACGCCCAGCCACUGGCAGCCCCGACCCAGGUGCGAUUCGUGGCACAGACCCUGCAGCAUGUGCUGCACUGGGAGCCCACGGAGGAUGCGCCCCGCGACGCCCUGUACAACGUGGAAUACAGGCUGUACGGGCCUGGGAACUGGAUGCCUGCCCCGAAGUGUCGUGUGAUCUCUGAGCUCUCCUGCGACCUCACCAACGAGACCUUGGAGCCCACCAAGCGCUACUACGCCCAGGUCAGGGCCGUCUCUGGAAACCGCACCUCAGCAUGGACCCGGACGAAUGCUUUCUCCCCAAAAGAAGCGACUCUGCGCCUCGCCGGGGUUCAUCUGUCGGUGACGGGCAACACCAUCCACGUGAGCGUGCAGCUGCCCCUGCGUGUGGGCAAUGUGACCGUCUCGUACACGGAGUUGUACAAACACAGCAGACAGUACCUUGUGCUCGUCAACAGGACCUCAGACCACGAGCAGGUUCAGUACGUGCGCACCAGCGAGACGAUCGUCAUCUCCGACCUCUCCUGGGGCGAGCAGUACUGUGUGCGCUUGCAGCCGCGCAUCAUCUCCAGGCCGAACCCUGGGAUAUGGACUGAAGAGAAGUGCGUCUCCAUCCCCGUCAAGGAUGAGAAAAUGGAGCUGAUCUCCACCAUCGUGGGCAUCGCCCUGUUCAUCUUCAUGGCCCUGGUCAUCUGCAUGUACAUAAGGAGGCCCAUGAGGACGCCGGCUGUGUUGAAAUCCCUCAUCAAGCAGAGCACCCUGUGGGUAGAGCAGGAGCACUUCUCUGGCGGGGGCAUGGACAUCAGCUCUGUCCGGUCCCUGUCCAUGUGCCCCAAGGACACCGCGCAGCGUGCCCGCCUCGACAGCGGCUCCGAGAUGGCACUGCCGGUGCUAGACGAGGACUGCAUGGUGCACGGAGACCAAGAGUGCCUGCUGCAGUGUAGCGCCCUGCCCGCGGGCGACAGCAGCUGCAGCAGCACCGAUAGCGGCAUCUGCUUGCAAAUCUCCUCAUCCGACCUGAGCCAGCCGCCCGGCUCGGAGAGCCAGGGCUACCAGAGGCAGCUGCCACAGGGCGAUAACAGUGGCAUAAGCCUGGCAAAGUGCCCCCCCAGCCAGAAGGACUACGAGCUGGUGGAGGAAGGGGCCGUGCCGUGCCCCGGGACACAGGGCCUUGCCCCCGCUGCCAGCGUGGAGGAGGGGGAGCACGUGCCGUUCCGGGGGUACCUGCAGCAGUCCAAGGGCCAGGUGGAGGGGCGGCUGAUCCUGGACAGUGCUGCGCCUGCCUGGAGCGCUGGCAAGGUGGAUGGGACCCCAGACAUGGGCUCUGAGCCCGUCGCUGCCAAGGGCUAUUUGAAACAGGCCUCGCCUGAGCUUCCCCGCAGCAGCUCCAGCGUGGCCAUUGCCCUGGGGGACCAGGCCCUCGCUCAGCAGCUGGCACCUCUGGGCUUUCUGGACAGGUUUGACUCCAGAGCCUGGGACCUGCCCGGCUCCGGGGUACCGGCACCCUCCCCAGAGAUGAAACUCUUCCCGGACCUGCUGAAGGCACCAUUUCAACUGGGCAUCUUUGACACUGGGCAGCUGGGGGCCCUGCCCCUCAUCUCCAGCCUGAACUCCGGUGAGUGGCUGAGCCUGGACAUCGAGCCGCUGAGCGUGCUGGACGCGGAGUGCAAGGACAGCCGCCUCUGAGCCCGACCAGCCGGAGCCCCACACCCGGGCAGAGGGGCUGCGGGCUCUCAGUCCGACUCCUCCUCACUACUUCGCCCUGCCCUGCCCGCCGAGCCAGCUGCUGCCAUCGACUAUGGCCAACACCUGAAUGUUUACAAGUGGUCCUGAUCGACGUGGCGGGACUGCAGCAGGUCCAGUUGGCAGCCUCAUCCAUGCGCGGGCUGCCAACCGCAGGGCUGCUGGCCCAGGGCCCUCAGAGCUGAGAUACCCAAAGGCAGCUUCCCGGGCCCCUCGCAGGCGUGCAGAGAACAUCACUACACCCAGGGAAGCAUGUGUGGACACAGGGCCCCUGCCAGGCCAUCAGCCCAGAGGACAGGCCCCUGCUCCCUGCCCCUUGCUGCCCUGGGGCUGGCUGGAGCUGCAGGGGCCAGGGCCGAGUCCUACUUGGGAAGCACCGCACCCGACAGUGCUCGUGGGGCACAAGUCAUCCGGGGGGGGAGGUUGCAUCUGGGGGCUGUCCCAUGGCCACGCACCCAGGUCCAUGCCUGGGUCACAUCGCGAACGCCCUGUCCCCGGCCUGCCCCUGCACAUGCACAGGCAUUAGGGCCCGUGACAUGACGCCCCGCGUGCCGGACUCCCGAGGGGUUGCGUUUGCAGAAGGAAGUUCCUCCGCCAUCCCUGGGACUCCAGUGCAGAGACAUGGAAAGCCCCUGGGAGGGCCUGGCUCUCAAGAGCUCCGUGCUCCCAGUAUGGAAAGCGGAUGUGCCCUCCCCACCCGCCUUGGCCCCAACAGCCCUGCAUCACGAGCAUGAUCUCUGUACAGCUGCUUUCCAGCAGCGGGGGGACUGUGGUCACAGAGCAGCUGCGUUGCCUCAAACCGAAACAAGAAGCCCACGUACAAGACUGAAGCAACUAGAUUGCUGCUCUUGCCCCAUGACCUGACGUAGCGAGAGUCCAGGGAGUGUGGUGUGGAGAGCAGGGCGCAGCCCCGGGCCUCAGCCCCACCGCUCUGCUUCAGUGACAAGAGCUGAGCGUAGAAGAGGGGGGGUCCGGCAGCACUGUUUGCCGAGGGGGGCUAGCCCCGGCCCCCCAGGAGCUCAGACACCAGAACUGAAGCACUGAGCCCAGAACCACACCAGCCCAAACUCUGCCCCAGCUCCCGCUGGGAAUGUCACUGCCAGGGGCCUGCCGGAGGUGAGCGGAGCAGCUCGGGCACAGCACCCACCAGGCCUUGUGCCCCGCGUGUCCUCUCCCUGCUCCGGCACGGGCUGUGACGCCUGCAAAGGGCCAUGCAGCUGUCGCAUGUUGCUAUGGGCAUGGGGGUGGCACAUCCAGGAGAGCUGCGUGCUGUUGCCCGUGUGAAACGUGUUGCCUGGUUUGUACAGAGAACUGUUAUUUAUUGUAUUUAAUUCAUAAAUCUAUAAUGGUUAUUUAUUUAGCCAUUCAUGCAGGUGCUUUUCUUUCUCACUAGAAAGCCCAGGGUUCCCUUUCAGGGGGCUGGGAUGCUUCCUGCUGGGAGACGCACAAACUGGAGCUUUUAAAACACACGCAGGAAAGAUCAUUUCCAAAUCAUGCCUGGGGACUAGGAGCAAACCAGGCACCUUUUCUCCUUCGAAGGGGCACAGCGCUGUCGAGCAGCAGCUGAACGACAUGUGUGCAGCACAGAACGACCGUAGUGCGUGGAGAGCGUCCUGCGAGCAAGGACCGGGAAAGCGGUGGCUGUGGGGUGUGCAUGCGCCAGGGGUGAAACACGGUCCCCCUGGCCAGGAAGCAUGUGCACUCGCUUGGCACAAGUGAAAAGGACUCCUGCUACGUGGCGGUGGAGCAUCAAAGUGAUGUGCCGUGGGGCAGAUGGGGCUCCCUGCAGCAUCAGCAGUUUCUGAGAAGUUCCCCAAGUGUCACAAACUCACCGUGGGCUUUAUCAUAGGCAAAAUCCAGAGGCAAGGCUGCGCCCGGGUGGAGACAGACUUGCCGCUGUGGGUGCACUGGGGGGCUCCCCUCAGGGCGCUCGGGUUCAGAUAACAUCUGUCCAAAGCCAUGCCCAUGCGUCAGGCGCUCUCUCUGCCACACAUCACGGAGGAUGCCUCCUUGGUGCUCGGGCGCGACGAGGAGGGGCUGGGGGAAAGAGCCCGGCCCCCCUGAGCUCGACUUUCCCAACCUCACCUCGUUUCUCUCAUUUCCAUUCCACCACUGCUGCCCUGCUUGGUGCUUUGGGGAUUUUUCAAACUUCCCCUGAAAAGCAGAAACAUCCACACUAAAUGUGGCUUCUUGCACCAGCUUCUGAUGUCAUGGCUUGGGACCGCAUCCUGCAUGGUGCUCUGACCUCUCCUGGCGUGGAGGGUGCUGGUGGGAGGAACCCACAGCCUGACGCAGGUGUAGGAAAUAAUGAUCCUUUGACUCAGGGCUGUUGCAGUGCUUGGGAGACUCUUUCUAUUAAAUAUUUCUGCAACGAUGUGGAAGCUUUACAGAAGGCUCCGGCACACGCACAUGCGCGCAGGGCGGCCCGAGGAGCGAGUUCCUCAAGACGGACAGAGGAACUCACUAAACCUCAAAGUGGAAAUUCCAGAUAAUUACACAUUUUUCUGCAUCAGCUCAUAGCUUGAGCCAGGGAGGAGAUGCACGGGAACUUCCCACUUCGGCAAGCUUCAGCCUCCAGCGGGCUUCAGUGACCUCUUGGAGCUGCCAUUGAUUGAUGCCAUCAUUUGCUGCCACCUUCGGCAUCAAGCGCUAAAUCUAAUCAGGCACCAUGCUGGCCGGGCCCCCCAUCUGUACCUUCGCGGCCAGUUUCUGUAGGACGGUCGGUGCCUCCAGGAGCGGGACUGGCGUGUCCGCCUGCGCCUGCCCCCGAGCUGCUCUCGCUUGCUGACUCAUUGCUUUUCAGCCCCUCUGGUUUCCUCAUGCAAAUGGUUGUGUUCGCUCUUGUCAACCAGCUGGAACGUGGCAUGUGCAAACGUGGCACGGCCAGCAAUGCUGCCGUGCGCUGGGCAGCUAGACGGGGAUGCCUGUGAGAAGCCACCAUGCACGUGAUGGAGAGGAACGAGAAGGAGGAGAGGGGGUGGGAAGUAGCUUGGUCUGGCGCCCCUCCCACACGCCAGCGCCUGGUGCAGGGGCAGAAGGCGAAGGCGACGGCGGUUGGAUGGAUGGAGAGGUGGCAGGAGGACCGGCCCUGGCUACUACAGCUCUAUUAGCAACACGAGCUAGGUGCCUAGGACAGACAGGCAAAUGCACGCGCAUGCAAGCGCAGGAGCACAGCUCUACCCAGUGCUGGGCUGGAUCCAGGAGAGCUAGGGGAGGGCCCGUCAUCGGCACCAUCCCCGCUCCCGGGGUGACCAGGCACCAGAUGCCCGUCCCUCCAGCUCUGCAGCACAACUGCACGGUCUUAAGGGUCGGGGCUUCUCCCAGGCCAGGGACCGGGGCGAGACAGGAGAGGGGGUGAAGGGCGCAAGGCCUGGCCAGCCUGAUCUAGGAAGGCUGCAACCGCCUUCCUUCGAGCUGGUUCCUGGCCCAGGCUGCGAACACCUGCAGCGACAAGGUGGGAACGCUGCAGGGCCCGGCCCCACCGCCGCCUGCGCCCUCCCUCCCCGGGCAGGCGUGGGCGUGUUGACACCCCGCGCCCCGCAGCGCAGCCGCGUGCCCCUUUCCCCAGCCGGCUCUGCUUCCUGUUGUUGUCCCCGCUCCGCAGAGCUGCAAGGCGGCAGACUUCACACCUCGCUCCCAGCCCCUUUGUUGUGGCUGCGCUGCUCCCCUGCCGGGGCCGGCCCGGGCUGUUUUGUUCUCGCCUCUUCUGCACACGCGCCGUGCCGCACGGCGGGCCUGGGGGCUUCUGCCUUUGGAGAAAACAGUCUGGAACGAAGCACCCAGGAAUCCCGUGCGCCCGCCUGCGCGCUGUCUGCCCGGGGCGGGGGUGUCCCGGCCUGGGUGCACCCGCUCGCAGAGCAGCAUCGUCUGGGCCAAGCAGCCACUUCUCACAGCCCCCUGCCCUGCACACGGCAGGGCGCGGGGCGCCCCUGCCCCUGCCCCUGCCCCUGGCCCGCACGAGGCCACAGGAACAGCAGCACGAGCAGGGGAAGCGGGCGCUCCGGCCUCAAGGUCUCCAAGCAGACAUGGAGGCCGAUGGACGUGGGAUGCGGAGCAGUCCUGCACCCUGCUGCCCACCCGGCUGGACGCUGUGCCAGCCCUGGGAGCCGCCCUGCCCCACGCAGCCCGCAGCUGCAGCCCACUCAGACCCGAAAACGUGAACCU